GCUUUUUGAAACGUUGGCGGCCGAGGAAGUUUAAAAUAGUAACACUGGUCUUUCUUCGCUUCAACGUUCAUACCUCAAAUCUUCACAGCGAUGCAGAAUAAGGAAAAUUAUGAGCCCAGAGGCUUCCAGCGACUGUUCACAACUCCUACCAUGGUGGCCGGCCCACAGCGUAUUCAGGUGAAGCCACGAGCAGAUAUGGACAAAAACACCAUCACAGGCCCUGGGAGAGAGUGUGUUAGCUCAUCCAGUGCAGCCUCAAAGAAAGUGUCCAUCGAUGACUUUGACAUCGGUCGACCACUGGGGAAGGGCAAAUUCGGUAAUGUCUACCUUGCGAGAGUGAAGAAGCUGCAAGCCAUUGUGGCGCUGAAGGUGCUGUUCAAGUCACAGAUGGAGAAGGAGGGUGUGGAGCAUCAACUCAGGAGGGAGAUUGAGAUUCAAGCACAUCUCAAGCACCCCAACAUCUUGCGCUUCUACAAUUAUUUCCAUGACCGAAAGAGAGUGUUCUUGGUGCUGGAGUAUGCCCCACGUGGUGAAAUGUACAAGGAGCUACAGAGAUGUGGAAGAUUCGAUGACCAGCGCACUGCCACAUAUAUGGAGGAGAUAUCUGAUGCACUGAUGUAUUGCCACGAGAAGAAAGUGAUUCAUCGUGACAUCAAGCCAGAGAACCUGCUUCUCGGCUAUCGCGGAGAGCUGAAAAUUGCAGAUUUUGGUUGGUCUGUCCAUGCACCUUCUCUGAGACGUCGUACAAUGUGCGGGACACUGGACUACCUCCCUCCAGAGAUGAUUGAGGGCCACACCCACAGUGAAAAGGUGGAUCUGUGGUGCAUCGGGGUCCUCUGCUAUGAGUGCUUGGUCGGCAACCCGCCAUUUGAAACUGCCAGCCAUUCAGAGACAUACAAAAGAAUUAUGAAGGUGGAUUUGAAGUUCCCCAAAAACAUCUCAGAUGGUGCAAAGGACCUCAUCUCUAAGCUGCUCCGCCACAGCCCCAUCGAUCGCCUCUCACUACAGAGUGUCAUCGACCACCCAUGGGUGCGCGCCAACUCUCGACGAGUCCUACCCCCCAUCUGCUCCGCCAAGAAGUCCUGAGCCCUCCUGGCCUCCUGUUUGGUUUUAUCUGUCCUUCACAAGAGACUCUGGGCCAGCAUGUUUUGGUUCCACUGCCACGGGCUUCAAACUGCCAUUAUACUGGCACAUUUUAUGAUGGGUAUGACUGCAUACCCACUUUUUAUAUUGUACAGUGUGAUGUCAUUAUCUAUGUCUAGUAUGUUGCUUAGGGAUGUUUUGUUUUUACUGUCAUUUCUCCUCUCUGAAACUUUUUAAAGUGGACACAGCUGUAUUUUGAAUCUCUGUAUCCAACGGUGUUGACACCAAAGUACUACUGUUAGACUCAUUAAAGGUGACUAUAUUUGCAAAUAGUUUAAGAUGAUGUGUUUGAGGUGGAAAGCAUGUUUUUAUUUUCCCUCAACCUAUACUUUAAAUUUCUAAUAAAUAUUAUAAAAGGA